AGUUUGAGACUUUUCUAUCAUCAUAUUUAACACAGUUGUUUACAAAUACACAACAAUCGAAUUUUAAAUUAUUAGGAAUUAGAGCAUGUGUGGAAUAUGCAAAUGCUGUUUAAAAUUGGGCUGCAAGCUGCUUUGCAUGUUGUUUUGUUCGAUUUUCGGUUUACUUUUAAUUGUAGCACUGGUUAUCUAUUUCGUAUACUUCUAUAACAAGGGCGAUAGCUCCAAGUCCGGGAACAAGUCGCUGAUUGACUUUUCAUUCUAAAAUUGAGACAUCAGCAUUCUGAAUUUGUUCUGUAUUUUAAAAUAAAAUUGUUGUGUCACAGAUAA